AUGUUAUACACUCAGAUUGAAACUGAGGGACGUGAACUGAAACCUGUUGCUCUUGGUACCUCCAGUGAUCUACGCGUAGGCCAGAGUUGCUUUGCAAUUGGGAAUCCGUAUGGAUAUGAAAACACUUUGACAAUAGGGGUAGUGAGUGGGUUGGGAAGAGAGAUACCUUCACCUAACGGUAAGAGUAUCCGAGAAGCUAUCCAAACAGAUGCUGACAUUAACUCUGGUAAUUCUGGAGGGCCAUUGCUUGAUUCUUAUGGCCAUACCAUAGGCGUCAACACUUCCACAUUCACCCGCAAAGGGACGGGUAUGUCUUCGGGAGUGAACUUUGCCAUUCCCAUUGACACAGUUGUUCGAACAGUACCUUACCUCAUUGUGUAUGGAACAGCUUACAGAGAUAGAUUCUGAAAAUAAAACAAACAUAAAAUACAAAACUCCAAACGGUCUAAUACAUUAAUCUUCACAAAGUUAUGUGAAUUAAAUUUCAUCAUACAAUACAAAGAUAUGUAGUAACGAAGAGACAAACUCAUCAAAGUCUUAUAAAAGGAGGCUCUCUACUCUUUGAGUUGAAUCAACGAAAGCUGUUCCUCGAUAGAGCAAUCAACAUGGCAAGAGGUUCUGCAAGAGGAAGGGAUGAGGAUCAUACCCAGACAACGCUGUUCAGUAGGAGAAGGAGAGGAUCUUCUGAUGCUGCGAUACUCAACGGUGUCUUGGAGAAUGAUGUUUCCUUGUUUGUCAAUGCAAUGGAAACUGCCAAGGAAGAAUCUCCCGUCUUUGAUUCCGACAAGCAUCUGGCGGAACAAGAGCUUCCUCACUCGUGAUAUCGGAUCUAAACCGGAACCAUCAGAGGUAGACGCAGCAACGACAGUGGUGGUGCCAUCUUCUUGUUCCAUUACCACAAACACAGGAUCUUGUUCUUGUAAUAUGCUUUUACACACACAAAAAAAAGAUACAAAAUCAGAGGUUUGAACUUUGAAUUUUUUUUAUAGAUACAAAAUUUAAUCAACAAAACAUGAUUCAAGGCACAGAAGAUAUUUAGAACUAAUGAAAUAAAAGGAAUGAUU